AUGGCUCCGGGCUCCCACACGCCACCGACGAGCGAUCGCGAUCGGGCCCCUGGGAAUCCGCCACCCCCCGGCGACGGCUACACUCGACUUCACAUCACCCCCCUGGACCAGGAGCUGCUGAAAAUCGUCAUCCCCCCGUCGGUCCUGCCCGGCACGCGCAACAUCUCCCUGCACACGAUUGAAACCUUUCCCGAGCGCCGGUACGGCUUCGUCGACUUCCCCGCCACAGAGGCCGACAAGCUGAGGAAGAAGCUCCACGGCUCGACGCUCAAAGGCGUCAAGAUGAGGAUCGAGCCCGCGCGCCCCGAGAAGCAGACACAGCAGCAGCCGGACGACGACGCCGCCGCCGCCGCCGCCGCCGCCAAGCAAGCCAGGCCGAGGAAAUCGCCCGACGGCGCCGAAACGUCCAAGAAGCGGAAGCGGGAUCCCAACCUCGUCGAAGGGGUGCUGCUGAAAGACCGCAAGGUCAAGCGCGGCUGGACCGAGUCCGCCGACACGAAGCGCAAGAGCAGGAGCGAGAGGAAGCCCAAGUCGUCCGGGGGCAAGGACCGCGGCUCCGAAGAGGAGGAGAAGAAGAAGAAGAAGAAGAAAACGCGUCAGCGGUCAAAGUACACCGAGCAUGACGAAUGUCUCCUCAAGACGAGGCUGCCGCCUAACGCGGCGGCCGCAGACUCGGGCGACAACGCGAGCGGGAGCAACAAGAAGAAGAAGAACAAGAGCAAGGGCGGCGGCGGCGGCGGCGGCGGCGGCGGCGGCAGAGAAGUGACGGUUCACGAGUUCGAAAAGGCGACCAGGUUCCCGGGUUUUUUAAAGACCGCCGCUCCGGAGGCCAGCGGAAGCCGGGCAGCAGAGUUUGUGGAAGGCAAGGGCUGGAUCGACGAGCAUGGGAACGUGGUCGAAGCUGUGAAGCAAAGAGCCGCCUCGGCACCGGCUUCAAAGCAGUCCGCAGGCUCCGCGGAGGGAAAGAGCAUCGGUGCGGAAGAGUCCUCGGACGACGGCACCAGCAGUAGUGGGGCAUCUACAGAUGACGACGACACUGACGGAGCAGCGGACGAGGAGGGAGGUCAUCACGAGAAAGAAGAUGGUGGGCAGAACUCAGAAUCAGGGCUGCCUGAUGCUUCGGCCGCAUCGCCCCGGCACACGCACGCCGAGGCCGGCGAGCGAAACAAGCGCAGUCAGGCGAGCCAAGCCGACGCCGACGAUUCCUCCACCAGCAGUGACGACACCUCCUCCAGCGGCGGCUCUUCCGACAACGACCACGACAGCGAUGAAGAGCGCAACAAGGGAGGGCCAACAGACGGCGACGGAGCCGAAUCCCGCUCCGACGCCCCCUCAUCCGGCCCUUCUCCAAGCCCGGCCGGCGAGAUCCCCCCGGCGCCCACCACCCCGUCCGCCAAAGUCCAUCCCCUCGAGGCGCUGUACAAGCGGCCAAAGCUCAAUGUCUCCGUCGCGACGGGCUCGCAAGCCGGCCAGCCCUUCAGCUUCUUCGGCGGGCCCGGCGGCGAGACACCUCUCGCUGCCGCCACGGCGCUGCCCAUGACCCCCUACACCCGCCAGGACUUUGAAUACAGGAGCGUGCGAAGCGCGGCGCCUACUCCCGACACCGCCCAUCCCAGCCGCGCCAAGAACUUUUGGGCUCCGCAGGACGAAGAGGAAGCAGAGCCGGCGGAUGAGGCCAAUGAGGGUGGUGAUGCGAGCGAUGCGCAGCCCGAAAAGGGCCAGUCAGCGUCGAGUGAGUUCCAGACUUGGUUCUGGGACAACAGACGAGAGCUGAACAAGUCCUGGAUGACCCGGAAAAAGUCGGCUGCAAAGGAGAAGAGGCAUAGGGAAAACAAGGCAAGAGCAUCUAGGGCCAUCUAG